AUGGCCGAAACCGCCAAGACGAACCGCCGGCGGCGGCGCACGGAGCACUUCGUCGCGACGAAUCCCGAGGACGACCGCGCAUUCCAGGAGUCGCUGCGGCUCGCGCUCGCCAUGUCCGCGGCCGAGGCCGCGGGCGCGCCGCCGCCGCCGCCGCCCGCGCCGCCGCCGCCCGCGCGGCGGUCGCCGCCCGCGCCCAAGAGCGGCCGCGCGUCGUCGCCCACGAAGAAGGCGCCGUCGCGCAAGGGCGAGGCGGCCCGCGCGCCGAAGCGCCGCAAGAAGAGCGGCGCCGCCCCCGAGUCCGGCGCGCUCGAGGAGAACGCGAACCUCGCGCUCGAGCCGACGGCGUACGCCGGCGUCGAGAGCGCGCCGGCGGCCCGCAAGUUCCGCGCGACGCUCCCGGCCCGGGGCGGCGGCAAGGGCCAGGUGCUCGGCUGGUACGCGACGUCGCUCGAGGCCGCCGCGAGCCACGACGAGGCCGCGCGGCUCAAGGGCCGGCGCACGAACUUCGCGGCGCGGCGCCCGGACAGCGACGAGCUGCCGCUCUUCGGCCGGCCGCCCGAGCCGAAGCGGCCGCCGCGCGCGCCGUGGUACGAGCGGCUCAUCGCCGAGCGCGUCUCGUCGUCGCCGCGUCGCCCGCCGAAGAAGCCCGCGCCGCCGCCGCCCGCGGCCGACGCGUCUGACGACGACGACCUGCCGGCGGCGGCGGCAUCGUGCGCCGCGUGCCGGGGCAAGCACUGCCGCCACACGUGCGGGCGGCAGACGCGGAUGGAUGGCGCGUACUAG